UAUUAUAAAAAGAAAAGAGUAUUUCAUGGUGAGCUUUGUCGGUAUAUACUGUGUGAUAAAUUUAGUCAAGAAGAGUGUGCAAAUGAUUUUCCGUACAUACAUCCAAGAAAAUGUGCGAAAUGCAUCUAUAUGUACAGCAACAAUAGCAGUUGCAGUUGCAGUUGCAGUUGAAUCAUUUCCAUUCUGAAUUUGGUGAAGAGAUGGAGAGCAAUACAUCCUCUCUUACCACUCCAUUCACUCAAACCUCACAAAAGCCCAUCUUUGAAAGCAAAGAAGCAUUCUUGGAGGAGCUUAGAAAGCAACUAUGGCUGGCUGGACCUCUCAUCUCUGUUUCUCUCUUGCAGUUUUGUUUGCAGCUAAUUUCAGUUAUGUUUGUGGGGCAUUUGGGUGAACUCGCUCUUUCUGGUGCUUCCAUCGCCACCUCCUUCGCCUCCGUCACCGGUUUUAGUUUGCUGAUGGGAAUGUCAAGCGCCUUAGACACACUGUGUGGACAGUCCUAUGGAGCCAAGCAAUACCACAUGCUCGGAAUCCACGCUCAGAGAGCCAUGUUUGUUCUUCUCCUGGUCUGCAUACCCCUCGCCCUAGUCUGGGCCAACACCGGUCUCAUCCUCAAAGCAUUAGGCCAAGAUCCCGCCAUCUCCAUGGAGGCCGGGACCUAUGCUCGCUACAUGAUCCCCAGUGUCUUUGGCUACGGCAUACUGCAAUGCCAAGUCAGGUUCUUGCAGACUCAGAGCAUUGUGUUCCCGAUGAUGAUAAGCUCCGGAAUCACAACUGUGCUGCACCUUGUUGUCUGUUGGAUUCUUGUGUUCAAGUCCGGACUUGGUAGCAAGGGAGCUGCUGUGGCUAGCUGUGUAUCCUACUGGCUCAAUGUUCUGCUUCUCUCUCUUUAUAUCAAGUUCUCUCCGUCUUGCUCCAGGACUUGGACCGGAUUCUCAAAAGAAGCCCUUCAAGAUGUCCUAAAUUUCAUCAGACUUGGCCUCCCUUCUGCAAUGAUGGUUUGCUUGGAGAAUUGGUCUUUUGAGAUGAUGGUUCUGCUGUCUGGUCUUCUUCCAAAUCCCGCACUGGAAACAUCUGUUCUUUCCAUCUGCCUUAAUACAGCUGCGACGGUUUGGAUGAUUCCUUUUGGGCUCAGUUCUGCUGUCAGCACACGAAUAUCAAACAAGCUUGGUGCCGAGCAUCCACAAGCAGCACGCCUAGCUCUGCACGUCGUGCUAGUAAUAGCUCUCACCGAGGGCGUUGUAGUCUGGCUGGUUCUUGUUUUAAUACGCAAUGUGUGGGGAUAUGCUUAUAGCAACGAGGCAGAAGUUGUGACAUAUGUAGCAACAAUGAUGCCUAUUCUCGCUACCUCCAACUUGAUAGAUGGCCUCCAGUGUGUAUUAUCAGGUGCGGUUAGAGGAUGCGGAUGGCAGAAAAUGGGGGCGUUCAUCAACCUGGGAUCGUAUUAUCUUGUGGGCAUCCCGCUUUCCAUCCUGCUAGCUUUCGUUGCACAUAUAGGAGGAAAGGGUCUGUGGAUGGGGAUUAUAUGCGCGUUGGUGGUGCAAGUCAUCUGCCUUUCGAUCAUCAUGUUACGGACUAACUGGGAACUUCAAACAAAGAAGGCCAAAGAAAGAGUCUAUAACUCCACCAUUCCAGUGGAGGUAUUAGGGUGAUGAUGGAAUUGGAGGCCAAUGUGUUUUUUUUGGAGGAAGUAUUAAAAGAAGUUAGCUUGGAAUUUAGUUGUUUAUUAAUUUGCUUUCGGGCAAAUAUCAAUUUUGUAACAUGGUAUCUGUGCUUAUUACUACUCCAUAAAUUUUGUCUUUAAUCAUAAACAGAUUUUGUAAUAAAUUGUUUUCCUCAGCUCUCGAAAAUUGACAUGACAUGCUGGAUUUAAUGGAGAAUUUAAUGCUUUUGAUAUGA